AUGGGCUUCGGGAGGCAGAUACAGCUUUUGCUCUGGAAGAACUGGACCCUGCGGAAAAGACAAAAGAUUCGCUUUGUGGUAGAAAUCGCGUGGCCUUUAUCUUUAUUCCUGGUCUUGAUCUGGUUAAGGAAUGCCAACCCGCUCUACAGCCAACACGAAUGCCAUUUUCCCAAUAAGGCGAUGCCCUCAGCAGGACUGCUGCCGUGGCUGCAGGGGAUUUUCUGUAAUGUGAACAAUCCUUGUUUUCAAAGCCCCACCCCAGGCGAAUCUCCUGGAAUCGUGUCAAACUAUAAUAACUCCAUCUUAGCAAGGGUGUAUCGAGAUUUUCGGGAACUCCUCCUGGAUGCACCAGAGAGCCAGCACCUUGGCCAUAUUUGGGCAGAGCUCCGAACCUUGUCCCAUUUCAUGGGCACCCUCCAGACUCACCCCGAGAGAAUCGCAGGAAAAGGAAUACGAAUAAGGGAUAUCCUAAAAGAUGAAGAGACGCUGACACUAUUUCUCAUAAAAAACAUCGGCCUGUCUGACUCAGUUGUCUACCUUCUGGUCAACUCUCAAGUCCGUCCUGAGCAGUUUGCUCAUGGAGUCCCGGACCUGGCGCUAAAGGACAUCGCCUGCAGCAAGGCCCUCCUGGAGCGCUUCAUCAUCUUCAGCCAGCGACACGGGGCAGAGACAGUGCGCCACGCCAUGUGUCCCCUCUCCCAGGGUACCCUCCAGUGGGUAGAGGAUGCUCUCUAUGCCAACGUGGACUUCUUCAAGCUCUUCCGGGUGCUUCCUACACUCCUUGACAGCAGUUCUAAAGGUAUUAAUCUGAGGUCCUGGGGAAGAAUAUUAUCCGACGUGUCACCGAGAAUUCAAGAGUUUAUCCGCCGGCCAAGUGUUCAAGACUUGCUGUGGGUGGCCAGACCCCUCAUGCAGAAUGGCGGCCCAGAGACCUUCCCACAGCUGGCGAGCAUCCUCUCAGACCUCCUGUGUGGGUACCCAGAGGGAGGUGGCUCCCGGGUGUUCUCCUUCAACUGGUAUGAAGACAAUAACUACAAGGCCUUCCUGGGGAUCGACUCCGCAAGGAAGGACCCUAUCUAUUCUUAUGACAAAAGAACAACAUCCUUUUGUAAUGCCUUGACCCACAGCCUGGAGUCAAACCCUUUAACCAAAAUAGCCUGGAGGGCAGCAAAGCCUUUGGUGAUGGGAAAAAUCCUCUUUACUCCCAAUUCCCCUGCGGCACGAAGGAUACUGAAAAAUGCCAACUCAACUUUUGAGGAGCUGGAACGGGCCAGGAAGUUGCUCAAAGCCUGGGAAGAAGUCGGGCCCCAGAUAUGGUACUUCUUUGACAAGAGCACACAGAUGACCAUGCUCAGAGACAUGCUGGGAAACUCAGCAGUAAAAGACUUUUUGAAUAGACAGCUUGGUGAAGAAGGUAUCACUGCCGAAGCCAUUUUAAACUUCCUCUAUACCGGUCCUCGAGAGAGCCGGGAUGAUGACAUGGUCAAUUUCGACUGGAGGGACAUAUUUAACAUCACAGAUCGCACCCUACACCUGGUUAACCGUUACCUGGAGUGUUUGGUCCUGGAUAAAUUUGAAAGCUACGAUGAUGAAAUUCAGCUCACCCAUAGAGCUCUGUCCCUGCUGGAGGAAAACAAGUUCUGGGCUGGUGUGGUGUUCCCUGACAUGUAUCCCUGGACCAGCUCCCUCCACCCCCAUGUGAAGUACAAGAUCCGGAUGGACAUCGAUGUGGUGGAGAAAACCAAUAAGAUCAAAGACAGGUACUGGGAUUCUGGGCCCAGAGCUGACCCCGUGGAAGACUUCCGAUACAUCUGGGGCGGGUUUGCCUAUCUGCAGGACAUGGUUGAACAGGGGAUCACGAGGAGCCAGGCCCAGGCUCAGGUUCCCAUUGGGAUCUACCUGCAGCAGAUGCCUUACCCCUGCUUCGUGGAUGACUCUUUUAUGAUCAUCCUGAACCGCUGUUUCCCCAUCUUCAUGGUGUUAGCAUGGAUCUACUCCGUCUCCAUGACUGUAAAGGGCAUCGUCCUGGAGAAGGAGCUGAGACUGAAGGAGACCUUGAAAAACCAGGGUGUCUCCAAUGCAGUGAUUUGGUGUACCUGGUUCCUGGAUAGCUUCUCUAUCAUGUCCAUGAGCAUCUUCCUCCUGACAAUAUUCAUCAUGCAUGGAAGAAUCCUGCACUACAGUGACCCCUUCGUCCUCUUCCUGUUCCUGCUGGCCUUCGCCACGGCCACCAUCAUGCAGUGCUUCCUGCUCAGCACCUUCUUCUCCAAGGCCAGCCUGGCCGCAGCCUGCAGCGGCGUCAUCUACUUCACCCUGUAUCUGCCGCACAUUCUGUGCUUCACCUGGCAGGACCGGCUGACGGCCCAGCUGAAGAUGACUGUGAGCCUGCUGUCUCCUGUGGCAUUUGGGUUUGGCACUGAGUACCUGGUUCGCUUUGAAGAGCAAGGCCUGGGGCUGCAGUGGAGCAACAUUGGGAAAAGUCCCGUGGAAGGGGACGAGUUCAGCUUCCUGAUGUCCAUGAAGAUGAUGCUCCUGGAUGCUGCCCUCUAUGGCUUGCUUGCCUGGUACCUCGACCAGGUGUUUCCAGGGGACUAUGGAACCCCACUUCCUUGGUUCUUCCUUCUGCAAGAGUCAUAUUGGCUUGGUGGAGAAGGGUGUUCAACCAGAGAAGAGCGAGCCCUGGAAAGGACUGAACCCGUAACAGAGGAAAUGGAGGAUCCAGAAUACCCAGAAGGAAUAUACGACUCCUUCUUUGAACGUGAGCUUCCAGGGUUGGUUCCUGGGGUCUGCGUGAAGAAUCUGGUAAAGGUAUUUGAGCCGUAUACCCGGCCGGCCGUGGACCGCCUUAACAUCACCUUCUACGAGAACCAGAUCACCGCAUUCCUCGGUCACAACGGAGCAGGGAAAACCACCACCUUGUCCAUCCUGACAGGUCUGUUGCCACCAACAUCCGGGACUGUGCUCAUUGGGGGAAAGGACAUUGAAACGAGCCUGGAUGCAAUCCGGCAGAGCCUCGGCAUGUGCCCACAGCACAACAUCCUAUUCCACCACCUCACCGUGGCUGAACACAUCCUGUUCUAUGCUCAGCUGAAAGGCAGGUCCUGGGAGGAGGCCCAGCUGGAGAUGGAGGCCAUGUUAGAGGACACGGGUCUCCACCACAAGAGGAACGAGGAAGCACAGGACCUGUCAGGUGGCAUGCAGAGGAAGCUAUCUGUCGCCAUCGCCUUCGUGGGAGAUGCUAAGGUGGUGGUUCUGGAUGAGCCUACCUCAGGGGUAGACCCCUACUCAAGACGGUCCAUCUGGGACCUGCUCCUGAAAUAUCGCUCAGGUAGGACCAUCAUCAUGUCCACCCACCACAUGGACGAGGCAGACCUCCUCGGGGACCGCAUCGCCAUCAUUUCCCAGGGAAGGCUCUACUGCUCGGGCACCCCACUCUUCCUGAAGAACUGCUUCGGCACAGGCUUCUACUUAACCUUGGUGCGCAAGAUGAAAAACAUCCAGAGCCAAAGAAGAGGCUGUGAGGGGACCUGCUGCUGUGCAUCUAAGGAUGGCUCUGCCAACUGUCCAGUCUGCAUUGAUAACAUAACUCCAGAGCAAGUCUUGGAUGGGGAUGUGAAUGAGAUGAUGGAUGUGGUCCUCCACCACGUUCCAGAAGCAAAGUUGGUGGAAUGCAUUGGCCAAGAACUUAUCUUUCUUCUUCCAAAUAAGAACUUCAAGCAGAGAGCGUAUGCCAGCCUUUUCAGAGAGCUGGAGGAGACACUGGCUGACCUGGGGCUCAGCAGUUUUGGAAUUUCUGACACUCCCCUGGAAGAGAUUUUUCUGAAGGUCACGGAGCAUUCUGAUUCGGGACCUCUGUUUGCUGGUGGUACUCAGCAGACAGGGGGAAACACCAGCCUCCGACAACCCUGUUUGGGUCCUAGAGCAAAGGCUGAACAGACUGCCCAGGACGCCAACAUCCACUCCCCAGCGCCAGCUACUCAGGCCCAGGGCCAGCCCUCCCCACCCCAGGGCCCUGGCACCCCACUCAAUGUGGGGGUGCGCCUCGUCCUCCAGCAUGUACAGGCACUGCUAGUCAAGCGGUUCCACCACACUGUCCGCAGCCACAAGGACUUCCUGGCCCAGAUCGUGCUCCCGGCCACCUUUGUGUUUCUGGCUUUGAUGCUGUCCAUCAUCGUCCCUCCUUUCGGUGAAUAUCCUGCCCUGACCCUGCACCCCUGGAUGUACGGGCAGCAGUACACCUUCUUCAGCAUGGAUGAGCCGGGCAGUGAGCGGCUGGCAGUACUUGCUGACGUCCUCCUGAACAAGCCAGGCUUUGGCAACCGCUGCCUGAAGGAAGAGUGGCUUCCGGAAUACCCCUGUGGCAACUCAACCCCCUGGAAGACUCCGUCUGUGUCCCCAAACAUCACCCACCUGUUCCAGAAGCAGAAGUGGACACCAGAUGACCCCUCGCCUUCCUGCAGGUGCAGCACCCGAGAGAAGCUCACGAUGCUGCCCGAGUGCCCCGAGGGCGCCGGGGGCUUCCCACCCCCACAGAGGACACAGCGCAGCACUGAAAUUCUCCAAGACCUUACCAACAGGAACAUCUCUGACUUCUUGGUAAAAACGUAUCCUGCUCUGAUAAAAAGCAGCUUAAAGAGCAAAUUCUGGGUCAAUGAGCAGAGGUACGGAGGAAUUUCCAUAGGAGGAAAGCUCCCGGGUAUCCCCGUCACUGGGGAAGCACUGGUUGGUUUUCUAAGCGACCUUGGCCGAAUCAUGAACAUGAGCGGGGGCCCUAUCACCAGAGAGGCCUCUAAAGAAGUGUCAGAUUUCCUUAAACAUCUAGAAACUCAAGAAAACAUUAAGGUGUGGUUUAACAACAAAGGCUGGCACGCCAUGGUUAUUUUUCUCAACGUGGCCCACAGCGCCAUCUUGCGGGCCAGCCUCCCGAAGGACAGGGACCCCGAGGAGUAUGGAAUCACCGUCAUAAGCCAGCCGCUGAACCUGACCAAGGAGCAGCUCUCAGAGAUUACAGUGCUGACCACUUCAGUGGACGCUGUGAUUGCCAUCUGUGUGAUUUUCGCCAUGUCCUUCGUCCCAGCCAGCUUUGUCCUUUAUUUGAUCCAGGAGAGAGUAAACAAAGCCAAGCACUUGCAGUUUAUCAGUGGGGUGAGCCCCAUCACCUACUGGCUGACCAACUUCCUCUGGGACAUCAUGAAUUAUGCCGUGAGCGCUGCACUGGUGGUGGGCAUCUUCGUUGGGUUUCAGAAGAAAGCCUACACCUCCCCGGACAACCUUCCUGCCCUGGUUGCACUGCUCAUGCUGUACGGAUGGGCGGUUAUUCCCAUGAUGUACCCAGCAUCCUUCCUGUUUGACGUCCCCAGCACAGCCUACGUGGCUCUGUCUUGUGCUAACCUGUUCAUCGGCAUCAACAGCAGUGCCAUCACCUUCAUCCUGGAACUAUUUGAGAAUAACCGGACAUUGCUCAGGUUCAAUGCCAUGCUGAGGAAGCUGCUCAUCAUCUUCCCCCACUUCUGCCUGGGCCGGGGCCUCAUUGACCUGGCACUGAGCCAGGCCGUGACAGACGUCUACGCCCGGUUUGGCGAGGAGCAUUCUGCCAACCCGUUCCAGUGGGACCUGAUCGGGAAGAACCUGGCUGCCAUGGCAGUGGAAGGGGUCGUGUACUUCCUGCUGACCCUCCUCGCCCAGUACCACUUCUUCCUCACCCAGUGGGUUGCAGAGCCCACUAAGGAGCCCAUUAUGGAUGAAGAUGACGAUGUGGCUGAAGAAAGACAAAGAAUUAUUAGUGGGGGAAAUAAAACUGAUAUCUUAAAGCUAAAUGAGCUAACCAAGGUUUAUCCAGGCACCUCCAGCCCAGCGGUGGACAGACUGUGUGUCGGAGUCCGCCCUGGAGAGUGCUUUGGCCUCCUGGGAGUGAAUGGUGCCGGCAAAACAACCACAUUCAAGAUGCUUACCGGGGAUACCACAGUGACCUCAGGGGACGCCACUGUAGCAGGCCAAAGUAUUUUAACCAACAUUUCCGAGGUCCACCAAAGUAUGGGCUACUGUCCUCAGUUUGAUGCAAUUGAUGAGCUGCUCACAGGGCGUGAACAUCUUUACCUCUAUGCCCGGCUUCGAGGUGUACCAGCAGAUGAAAUCAAGAGGGUUGCAGACUGGAGCAUUAAGAGCCUGGGUCUGUCUCUCUAUGCCGACCGCCUGGUUGGCACAUACAGUGGGGGCACCAGGAGGAAACUCUCCACGGCCAUGGCGCUCAUCGGCUGCCCACCCCUGGUGCUGCUGGAUGAGCCCACCACAGGGAUGGACCCCCAGGCACGCCGCAUGCUCUGGAACGUCAUCGUGAGCAUCAUCAGAGAGGGGAGAGCUGUGGUCCUCACGUCCCACAGCAUGGAAGAAUGUGAGGCCCUGUGCACCCGGCUGGCCAUCAUGGUGAGGGGCACCUUUCGGUGUAUGGGCACCAUUCAGCACCUCAAGUACAAGUUUGGAGAUGGCUACAUUGUCACAAUGAAAAUCAAGUCCCCGAAGGAUGACUUGCUGCCCGACCUGAACCCAGUCGAGCAGUUCUUCCAGGGGAACUUCCCGGGCAGCGUGCAGAGGGAGCGGCACUACAACAUGCUCCAGUUCCAGGUCUCCUCCUCCUCCCUGGCCAGGAUCUUCCAGCUGCUCAUCUCCCACAAGGACAGCCUGCUCAUCGAGGAGUACUCAGUCACUCAGACCACACUAGACCAGGUAUUUGUGAACUUUGCUAAACAGCAGACGGAAAUGCAUGACCUUCCUCUGCACCCUCGGGCUGCAGGAGCCAGCCAGCAAGCCAAGGUUUGAUCUCUGUCCACACGGCUCAUUCCCUACAGCUGGAAGGAACUCAGGGUAGCUGGCAAUGCAGGAGACUGCCCACAUGGUCAUCCAAGCGCCCUGGCCACUGUCAGUGACCCCAGGGCAGCAGAAAACAAACAUAUGAGGAGCUACCAGGAACUCAAAGAGAAGGAAACCAAAACCGACAAGCUCACCUGAAACUCCAAACAAAUACUAAACCCUUUUACUGCAGACCACAGAAGUAGAAAUCCCGGCCAUCCCACUAGCAGCUUUGGCCUCUGUAUCACUCUCAUUUUAAAUGGAUCUGCUUCUCUCCCUCUCUCUCCCCCACGCCCAGCCUCUGUGUGUGUGUGUGUGUGUGUGUGUGUGUGUGUGUGUGUGUGUGAGAGAGAGAGAGAGAGAGAGAGAGACUUUCGAGGAAAAAUAAAAUGCAAGCACAUCUCCUAUUAUCCCAAUUCCCAGUCUCGGUGUGCACCACCUGUGUAGUUUCAGACAUUCCUUGGGGAGGCGCCUCACUCCUUGUCCUAGCUGCACACUGCAGUGAGAGUUGCUGCCACAGGCGUGCUAGUCAUGGCAAGACUCUGCAACCCCGGUCCAGAAGUGAAUGGACUGCUCUUAAUGUUCCAUGUCAAGCCUUGAUCAGGUUUGAAGAAACACCCCACAGGUAAUGCAGGUAAAUAUUAUCAUUGUCAGCUGGUGUUAUUGACUCUACAUUUCAUGUCUGUUUGCCCAGAUUAUUCGAGUGCUCACCUCACAGGUAUAAUUAGGAGAGGGACGGAGAGGCAUGGGCAGGUGAGAGCUGGUCUUCGGCUGGAUAUGAGACCUGAUGUGUCUUCGUAAUCAUCUAAAGAAGGGAAGUCCUCACUCAUACAGUGCACUGCCACUUGCACAGGGCAUGUCUUACUGACAUUAUGCCACUUCAAAAUAAUUUUCUUUAAAAUAUCCUACAAAUAAGGGAAAGAUUUCUUUUAAGGAGUUAUAGAGAACAUUUACAACUUGCUCCUGAACAUAUGUGAGGGCUGAGCCUCAGGAAGUUCAUUAGGCUGAUGGUUUCCUAGCUGCAGGUUACACGGCCAACCACACAGACAUUUGUUAUCCAGAGAUCAGUGUGUCUGCUUACCAAGAACAUCUGAAAAUUCUUCAAAGGGCUUAGUCCUUGAAAAUAUCUUUUGGCACAAGAUCUUAGACAAUCUCAUAGUAUGUUUUAAGAGGACAGGCGAGGGUCAAGGUUUUAAUAGAUAAGUAGCCAAUGAUAAGUCAACCUGGGAACAUCCUAAUGGGUAAUAACUGUAAUCACUUUCCACACAAUUAUUCAGGAGCAGCUCAGAUUAACUUAUCCUUAUUCUUACAUAUUGUCACAGAGAUUCCCUACAUAACUUGCAUCUUUAUCAAUCAGUUUCAGAAGUUUCAGAAGUACCCUCUCCCAUGAUGUUGGGAUCCUUGUACCACCUCAAAGCAUGUUCUCAGCACCAAGUACUGUAUUAUUUCUGCAGUGGUGUUAAAGGGAGAGGUUCACAGGACAUCGAGUUGUUUCUAUAAGAGCUCACCCAGAUUCAGAAAAUAAUAGUUUUAAACCAAACCUGUCAAAAGACUUGUGCAUGAGGAGAACAAAUGGACUUCCUCGCCAAGCUAGUGUUCCUUCUGUGACCUACAACAGCACUGUUCAACCCCCCUCUACUGUGGAUAUUCCCAAAGUAAGGGGUGAGCAAGCGGGGAUAGAAAAACGACCUGGCUGUGGUGGGAGGCAUCUGUAGUCCCGGCUACUGGGGAGACUGAGGCAAGAGGAUCACUUGAGCCUAAGAGUUUGAGGUUGCUGCGAGCUGUGACUCCAUGACAGUCUACCCUGGGGCAACAGAGUGAGACUCUGUCUAAAACAAAACAAUCUUUUAGAAUUUCAAGAUGGCAACAGCAAUGCAGAGCCUUCUAAGGACGGAAUCUCAUGCAACUGCACAGGCCACACACCACGAGGCUGGCCCUGAUGGCAGGCUUUGAACUCACAACUCACAGAGCAUCUGAAUGGUUUAAAAGGACAGGCUGUAGGGAUAGCUAUGUACCCACUCUCCUCUUCUUCCCCAUAACUAGGUAAUAAUUUGGUGCAUAGAUGCCCAGGUUAGGGCUGCAUUUCUCAAGCUUAUAGUAAGGUGUGGCCUUACCAGUAAGUUCUCUCCAGCAAAGCAGAGCGGAAGGCAUGGUGGGUGUCCUCCAUGCUGUAUUCCUCCACUCUGCGUCCUCAGGGUCAGCCAUGGAAACAGUCUCAAGGACACAGGAUGCCAGAGCCCCAGGAAGGAAGGACUCUGGGUCCCUGAGUGUGUGUAUGGCAUGGAGCUGCCCAGCAGUGCAGCACUCUACCCUGAGACUAUGAGCUGGCCCAUAUCAGUGAGCGACUCUGGUUACAGCCCCUUAGCUUGGUUGACUUAAAUCAUGGGAUGGAAGUAUCAUUUUUGAUUCACUCAACAGUCAAAUACGUAACUUCCAGACUAAGCCAAUACUGUAAUGGGCCUGUAGGUCUCUGGGCAAUAGAAGCAAUGGCCCUGGGCCUGCUCCAAAGAAAGGAGCUUGGCUUACAGGGGAGUGAACUAAGCUCAGAUGGGAUACACCCCCAGCUCCCUCUAGAGAAACUCAAGCAACGGCUUGGGAUGUUACACGAACAGCAAGCUUGACACCCCCCGCGUUGAAAAUACCUCACAGUACAGCACAGUACAAACGUGCUGGAGCCCUUCUUACAAACCUAGCAGACUCCUCACUGACCGUUCACAGCUCUCUGUCUAGGAGACACAAGAGCAAGAUCACCAGACCUGAAAAUAGCUGGGCCGUGUCAAACGGACCUGGGGAAGAGACUGUUAACAAAGCAGGGUUGAGACACCAGAGAGUCAUCUAGUUCCCAGCAACGACAAAUAGUUCCCAAGGCAUUUUAAGCCCCAAAUCCAACCAGCUACUUAAUGGAUAACAUCCAGGGAUCAAGGAUCAGAUGUUACAUAAGAAGCACGUGUCCCAAGGCAGGAACACACACACACACACUCAUCUCUUUCUUUGGCAACAAGCCUUCACUUUCACAACUACAUUCUACUGUUUAACAACUAUAAUUAAUGAAUAUUCGUGCCUGAUGUUCCCAUUUCCAUGAAAAAUGUUCCAGCUACCUGAAGGAAUCUGGAAGUUGCCAAAGGAUGCAGCUGUGAGACUGAAAAGAUAUUUUCAAUAUUUAGC